AUGCAGCUUUCCCGGACCGUUGGUGUUGCCGGAGAUCACCUCACCAAGCAGCCAGAAGAGCAGGGCCAGUCUUUUAAGGACUGGUUCGAGAUGGGAGCCACCCAGCAGCGAAAUGGGAUAAUCUCCCGUCGAAACAAACUCUAUGUCGUCAGACCUCCAAGCAUGACACGUCCGUCUGAGGAGAUGAGAGACUGGAAUAAGCCAGUCCUGCCACCAGACUCUCCCCCCGGUACAGAGAGAUGGAAUUCCACGCUGAAGAUGUUCAAACAACUGAUCGUUUAUCUCCGCGCAUUUUGCAACACGAUGCAAAUCACCCAGUACCCAAAAAAGAUCUCCUUUCUACCUAUUGAACAGCGCAAGCGAGUUCAUUUCGUCGACACUCCACGAACACAAGUCAUCGGCCUUAAGACUCGAAAUAGGCGAGAGCCCUUUGAGAUUCGGUGGCCAGCGAGCCGCUGUAAGGCUUACGUGGAUGAGAGGUUCCGAGUCCUAAAUAAGACCAAAGGCUGGAAGAAGAGGAACCGCCUCUCUUCCAAGGCUUUUGGGAAACCUCCCGUCGAGUCUGCGCUCGAUCUUGAGAUCCAAGCUGCCAAGCAAGCUGGGCAGCCAUCAACAAGGGAGGAACUCUCGAACCAAUGGUUUGCCAGAGUUGUCGUUGCUGUAUCUCGAGAAGCCGGCCAUUGCUUCGGCCUGGGGAGCUGCAAAUAUUACGCCUGCUUAAUGCAAGGCGUAAGUGGGAUCCGCCAGGCCGGCGAGAUACCUCCGUACAUCUGCCCAGUCUGUUACUCGAAGCUCGGGUGGGAGCUGGUCCUUCUACAGCAUGGGUUUGAAGGCGGAAUCGAAAGGGAGAAGGCCUGGCUGGAGUCCCAGUACGCUGCAUUGAAGGCGUUUUGCAACAAGUGGAACAAGAUCCCCCAGUUCGCCGCGUUUGUGGCACGGCUGGAAAAGCGACUCGAGGAUCGCAAGGGCGACAACGACAACGACGACGCAACUUGGCCUUCAAACUAG